AUGUGGUGCAUCCCCGCGCUCGUUGGUCAGUUCCUCGGUGGGGACAGACCACCACUACUGUCCACUUUACUCUACCUCAUCAUUGGAUAUUUCACCUGCGCGCAGAGCUUAGCCCUUUCAUCUCUUCAUAAUAUUUUCACAGAAUCAGAAAAACUGGUUCUCUUAGGAUCAAAUAAAUCAGAUUUUUCUCAUAUAGAAAUUAUAGAAUCACCUAUAUUACACCUCCAAAAUUCAAAUAAAACAGAAAAUUACAAGAAUAGGAGGAAACUUCAACUUCACCUUAAUUCUCUAGGAGAGAAAUUUUAUUUAGACUUAUGGAGGAACCCAUCUCUGAGCACGUCGCUUCUGAAACCGAAGAAAUCGGAACAAAAGGAUUCUUGUUUCUACCAUGGGAAAUCCGUUGAACACAAAGACAGCUCCGCGGCUAUUGCAUUAUGUGAUGGCGUUAGAGGUUACAUUCAGACACCUGCCGCAUCCUAUGUUAUUCAUCCUUUGCCAGAACAUCUGAAACAACGAAUGAAAAACAAUAAAUAUGAAAAACCUCAUAUAGUUGUAAGAAGGGAAAUCUCACCAGACACAUUCUGUCCUCAUGCUCUGCGAAAGCACAAUCAAAUUUCUCUUAAAAACUCGACAAUGAAAACAGAGCCAGUACCUGAAGCCCUAAAUGAAACUCUCGCCUCCGAAAUGAAUGAAACCUCGGCUGAAAACAGAACCAGAGAACGAAGAUCCACAGCAUCUAAAUCUCCGACAAUAAUCGAGACAGCCGUCUUCAUCGACCAGGCGCUUUAUGAUCAGAUGAGGAGGACGUUUCCAAGCGACACAGAUAGACAGAUGACCACUUUUGUUCUGACCAUGAUGAACGCAGUACAACGAUUGUUCCAACAUUCUUCUUUGGGGAAAUCACCAGAAAUAAGAUUAGUACUCAUGGAGACAUUAAAAGUUCAACCUCAGGAACUUCGCCCUUCCGAUAACAUUGAUACAUACCUCACCAAUUUUUGUAUAUGGCAGCAUAACCGCCGACACUACGGCAGAGGGAAAUCACCAAGAUGGGACCAUGCGCUUUUAUUAUCUGGGAUUAACAUGUAUGUUGUUGACGAAAGUGGACGAAGAAAAAGGCACGUUGUAGGUUUGGCUCCCGUCAGUGGAAUGUGCAACCCCCUAAACAGCUGCACGAUCAGCGAAGGGACCAGUUUUCAAACAGUGCUUGUCGCAGCUCAUGAGAUGGGACACAGCCUGGGAAUGGAACACGACGGUCACCAGGACGGAAACCACUGCGAUUCAGAUACGUAUGUAAUGUCUCCAACCCUUGGUGCAGGGAAGACUACGUGGUCUUCUUGCAGCAAGCAGUACCUGGAAAAAUUCCUCAGAUCCCCUCAAGCAAGCUGCCUGCAAGCUCCCACACCCUACACCACGGACCUUCUUGAACCUCCCCCAGAAAAGCUUCCAGGACAAGUGUACGAUGCUGACUACCAAUGCACACUUCGAUACGGUGAUGGCAGUAGAAGAUCCAAUCUACAAACUUCAGAGGAAAUCUGCAGAAUGUUGAGAUGUGACACUGGCUAUGGCAGCAAGGGAGUGUCGUUUGCCGCGCAUCCAGCUUUGGAAGGUACAAGUUGUGGAAGAGACAAGUGGUGUCAAGGUGGUGUGUGCGCCCACAUGCAAAGGUCCGCCGGAACUCUGCGAGGAGGAAUAAUUGAUGGCGGUUGGAGUGCCUGGUCCUCCUACAGCCCUUGUACAUCGGACUGCGUCGCCAGAGGUUCUGUCCCAGCCGUGGGCAUCAUGGUAGCGACAAGGAGAUGCGACAACCCGCGCCCUCAGAACGGUGGACGCUUUUGUGUAGGAAAAGACAGAAGAGUUCUCACGUGUGACGCAACCAGGAUCUGUUCCUUGUCUACACGGAAAUUAAUGUUGGAUGAAUUCAUCAGCGACACAUGCCGCCAAGCUUCCUCGAGGGACAACACUCUAGAGAUUACCGGCACCCAGUUCCCUAGUCAAGAAAAUUCUCAUUCUUGUUAUGUUUGGUGUCACAAGAGAGGAGGAGGUUACAUGACCCAAGGUUGGACAAUACCAGACGGAACACCCUGCUGGCGGGGUUACAACAAUCAAAACAUGUACUGCGUGAAAGGGGAAUGUCAGCCUUUUGACUGUAACGGUUACAGCACAGACAGCGCAAAUGAUGUUCGUUGUUCGUCUACUUUAUCUGGAGCUUCUGCCUUGUCUCCUGCACCUCAAUCUCCUAUUUCCGAAAAUAGCUGGGGACCGUGGCACAAGGUCAGUCAGUGCCGGCCAUCUUGCAUGGUCAAAGGAAAAGGAUUCCAGUUGGUGUCCCGUGAAUGCAAUUCUGUUUCUGGAUGUCUUGGACAAAGAGAUACUUUCCAGCUCUGUGACGCUCCUACAUCAGCAAAUACCUGUGGUUCCAUUAAAUCUGUGGAUCAAUAUGCAAAUGAUGUUUGUCAACGGUAUAGAGUGAAAUAUCCCACAGUUUUAAGUGGUAAGGGAAGACAGUUGCCACCUCAACCAGGUAACCCGCAUUCCGCCUGCAUCGUCGCCUGCCAGGACCGCGUCUGGCAAGACACGCACUACCAGAUGGACGUGUACGAAGAUGGCAAAUUUCCAUUCGGGACAGACUGCAGCCCGGAUCACCGCACAAAAGCAUACUGCCUCAACGGCAGGUGCCUGCAAUUUACAGAUGAAGGCAUUCCUCUUAAUACUGAAACCACACAAAUGUACGAUAUCCGCAGGUACUUGAGUCGAAUCAGAAAGCGCGAUACAUCUGGCAUCAAUCAUGUGAUGAACAAUGUAGGCAAGGGCCAGCUUGUUGCCUACAAGAAGUGGUACACGGCAUACGGAAUGCAUAACGCAAAUAAAGUGUACAGCAGCAAGAAGCAGUGGAAAAACAAUGUGGCCCGUCUGGUGUAUGGUUGGGUGGUGGAGAUGUCCGAAUGCAGCGCUCCUUGUGGUGGUGGAUUUAAGAAUAUUACUGUAGUGUGCCAAACCGGCAAUACAGUGGUGGAUGAUGGAUUUUGCGCUACCAUCAACAAACCAGGCGAAACAGGAAUAUGGCCCUGUAAUACUCAACCAUGUUCAGGAAAAUGGCAAGAAGGCUUAUGGGAACCCUGUUCUGUAACUUGCGGGCAAGGAUUCCAGAACAGAGAUGUCGUCUGUGUGCAGCACGUUUCACAGAAUAUUUAUUCAAUGGUACAGAGCCAGUACUGCUCUAGUCCACCUCCACCUAUGACCAGAAAGUGCUCGGGUCCUCCUUGCGAAAGUUACGGCAACCACGUUUGACGAAUACCCAGCUUAGUUGAGAGACUGUAACGAAUUUCUGUAAUCAAAUGACUUCCAACGACUGAGGGCGGAUGAGAUCGAAAUUGUGAUAUUUUUCAAAGCAUUAUUUAGAUGACUGGAGGGGAACGGGGUACAGACAACUGUGGUUGGAGAACUAAUAAGAUCAAAAUGCAACAAACUAACAGCAACGCGCGCUUUCGAACACUAGUGAAUGAAAGCUAUCAGUGACCGCAAACUACUCAGUUAGCAUUAUUAUUACUUUUCACUUAUUUAUUUGAAAUCGCACCUUUCGCCUCAUGGAUAAAAUACUAAAACCCUAUGGAACUUGUCAAAAUGGGGUUCAUUCGUGUGAGUCACAGUCACGUGGUAAUUGCGCUGGCAUUUUCCACUCAGAUGCUAAUUGUCUUACAUUUUUCUCAUAGCAAUAAGCUCAGUAGGUUUUAAAAUGUGUGUAUGAUGUGCGUAAGCAUGAAUUGACGCCAUUGCAAGACUUGUUCUAUCGGAUUUUAGGACAUUCUCUGAGAUAUAUUUUUCAGCGUGGUAAUUUUAUGCAUCAUAAUUUUUAUACAUAAAGAUCAGAAGUAUGAAUUCGGAGUUGAAGAUAAAAUCAUUCGAAUUCUCAAAUAAAAGGAUAGUUAGAAUGAAGAAAAAUAAGUACUUUUUUAAUCUGAAAAUUUGAGUUUAAAUCCCCUAGAAGGUUGUCCCUGCUCAUUUUGCUCGUUUGAUAAAGACACCACUAUCGUUGAAAUCAUUUUUAAUUAAAAUAAAUAAUAAUAAAUUAGGAAUAAUUCCUAUUAGGAACUAUUUAAUAAAAUAAAUUUUUAAUUUCCUUCUUUUUAUUUCAAAUUUUC